AUGUCAGGUUAUAUCAGCAGUCCUUCUUUGGCUUCUUCCAAUAUCCGUCCUCCAGUUAGGCGUUCACAAGUUAUUUCUGCAAAAGAUGCUGAGCCUCCUGGGGCGUGUGCCAAUCUUUUGGUUUGCUUUGCUGUCUUCUUGUUGAUCUUAACAUUCCCAAUCUCCAUCUUCUUUUGUAUCAAGAUUGUCAACCAAUAUGAACGUGCAGUUAUUUUUCGUCUUGGGAGAUUGAGAAAGGGAGGGGCUAAAGGGCCGGGACUUUUUCUUGUAAUUCCUUGCAUUGAUGAAUACCAAAAGGUUGAUUUGCGUCUUGUUUCAUACUCCGUUCCUCCUCAAGAAUUGCUCUCAAAGGAUUCUGUAACGGCGAGUGUUGACGCUGUAAUCUAUUUCCGUAUUUCGGAUGCCACAAUCUCUGUUGUUAAUGUGGAGAAUGCUGAAGCUUCUACAAGAUUGUUGGCUAUGACUACUCUUCGAAAUAUUUUGGGAACCAAAACUUUGAGUGAAAUGCUCUCCGAUCGUGACCAUAUUUCACAAGAAAUGCAGAGAUCUUUGGAUGAAGCUACAAAUGAUUGGGGAGUUCAGGUGGAACGAGUUGAAGUUAAAGACGUUAGACUUCCUGGGACAAUGCAACGGGCUAUGGCCGCAGAGGCAGAGGCCACACGGGAGGCUAAAGCUAAAAUAAUUGCUGCUGAAGGCGAACAAAAAGCCUCUAGUGCUUUGCGUGCUGCUGCUCUAGCAAUUUCUGAUACUCCAACCGCUCUACAGUUGCGAUAUCUUCAAACUUUGGGAGAAAUUAGUGCCGACAAUAAUUCUACAAUUGUUUUCCCGUAAAUUUGUCGGGAAAAUUCUUUUUAAAAUUUCUUUUUUUUUAAAGUUUUCCGGUUGACUUUAUGUCAGUUUUUGGUAAACAUUCUGUUCAAAAAUCUUCGGAGAGUACAGUUAAACAAAAAACCAAAGAAAGUGAAAAGGAAAAAACUAAGGAAGAUACGACAAAAGAAGAAAACACGAAGGAAGAUAAAUCUGGAAAAGACAAAAAGAUUGAACAAGAAAAAAGUAAAGCUGUUGAGCAAUACUUCAAAAAAAGUAGUCCAAGAGAGAAGAAGGAAAAGCCUAAGAAGAAGCAAUCAUCAACAGGGAAGAAAAAGUAGUAAGAAAGAGGAAAUAAGCAGGAAGUAAAGAAUAAAUAUAUAGUAAAUGUAGUAGGUAGGAGGUCGGUCGGAUAGGACGAAGGUGUCGGAAAUCGGAAAUGGCUCAAA